UCCCAGCCCAGCCGCGCUCCGCAGAAGCCUCUUGGAUUGCGAAAGGCAAAGAGGAGCAAGAAGAAGAGCCUCCUUUCCCAUCGCAGCCUUUCUGCCAGAAGGGCCAGCAGGGCUCCAGGGUCCUUCCCCAGGCUCCAACCCUGCAAGCCGCCGGGUCUCUUGGUCCAGAUCGGUCCCCUGUCUCGCGGCAUUGUUGAACAAGGAUGGCCAACGGAGGUCUCCAGAUGCUGGGCUUCAUCCUGGCCUUCGUCGGCUGGAUCGGCAUCGUGGUCAGCACGGCCAUGCCCCAGUGGAAAAUCUCCUCCUACGCAGGGGAAAACAUUGUGACCGCCCAGGCCAUCUACGAGGGCCUCUGGAUGUCCUGCGUCAUGCAGAGCACGGGGCAGAUGCAGUGCAAAGUCUACGACUCCCUGCUCAAGUUGGCAGCCUACCUGCAAGCAACCCGAGCCUUGAUGAUAACCAGCAUCCUCCUGGGCCUCAUAGGCUGUUUUGUCACUAUGAUCGGUAUGAAAUGCAUGAAGUGCUUGGAAGAGGAUGAGGUUAAGAAGAUGAGGAUGGCUGUCCUUGGAGGUGUCAUCUUCCUUAUCUCAGGCUUUGCUGCCUUGGUGGCUACCUCCUGGUAUGGAAAUCGUGUUGCCCAGGCCUUCUUCGACCCAUACACACCUAUCAACACCAGGUUUGAAUUUGGCCAGGCGCUCUUCAUCGGCUGGGCUGCCUCCGCCCUGACCAUGCUGGGCAGCGUCUUCCUCUGCUGCUGGUGCCCCCGGCGAGAGACCUCCUACCCCCCGACUCGGCCAUACCCCACGUGUGCCAUCUCCACCGGGAAGGAUUACGUAUAAUACAACCCCAGGGCAGGAAGACCUCAGGCGCUGGCAUCGGAUGACCCCACGGACGCUGCUUUACUCCUGUCCUGCGUCGAGCAGAGCGACCCUGCUUUGGCGCACCGCCCUUGCCCACCCUCCCAUCGGCGAACUCUGCCUCUUUGUAUCCCUGUAUCCCUUUCUGUGCCUGGCCAGGUUGCCGGUCCUGCCUGAUGGGAAAGCCGAGGAAAGGAUCCACCCUGAAAUCAGGCACGCAGACGUAGGGAACCCCUCGGGGGGGAGGCAAGACACGAUGGCCAUUCCCUUCUGCUCCCGUGGCUUCCCCCUCUUCAUUCUCGUAACGCCUUUGAACAAUUCUGCUCCUCGCCCUUUGCACCCUUCUGGUCGGUGUCUCUCAAGGCAGCAGGAGACCCGCACACGUCAAAGGAGGCGCCAGCAUCCUGGAGGAAGGUCUGCUCGAAGAGCCCUGUCCCAAGCGUGAAUGUGCUGGAGUUUCCCUCCUUCCCCACAGACUCCAAAUUUGAGGAACAGAGCCCAGGGCUACCUAGAUUCCAGUGCCAUGACCCCCAUCGGCGUGGGAGGGAGUGUGCAAAGCCCCUUGUUAAACACACCGUUAAGCACAACCCUCGCUGUUCAGGCUGCCCAGGACACUUUGGUGCCUAAGGCCAAGAGAGCGCAAGGUAUUUUUGGCUGGGCUUCUGUGCCAAACUUGGCAGGGGCUCCAGAGAGUCCCCGUGGCCUUUUUUAGUAGCCCUGGGCCUGUGUUCCCCCCACCCACCCACUUCCUUUAUUUCUCGUUCUUUCUCACAGCAGUUUGGUUAAGGAGGAAAAGAGAGAAUCGGUGCAAAAUGUAGUUUGGAUGAGGAGCGCUCGGAACACCUCACCGAGAAGCAGUGUAGCGCACAGAUGUGCAUGCCCACGCACCGCGUCCCAUCCAGGGACAAAGCAGCCCGGUCCGUUCACCAGCACUUUGCCACAACGGUUGCCACAUGCAUCAUGUGCAAGCGACUGUGGGCAUCCCCUAGCAGGGUUUGUCUCUCUGCAGCCGAAUGCCCGAUCCCCUGAAGGCCAUCAGGAGCCCUAAUAUGUUGAUAAGGGUGGGAAUAGCUGGGGGGGGGGAGUCAACAAUUGGGAAGAAGCAUGGCCAGCAGCACCCCUGAUUUCCUAGCCCCCCCCCAAUUUGACCAGCUGCUGCAGCCCCAGCCCCAAAAUCUGUGGAAAGGGUUUCUAGCACAGCAUGGCUUGGAGAGCCCAAUAUGGUGGGGAAAUUUGAUCCCACUGGUCUGCAGACUCAUUAACCACUGCUUCUCUGCAGCUGGCUGGAAAGAGAUAGACCGCAUGACACCUAAUAUGCGUUAUACACAGAGAUUACCCCCCAUACACACACACACACACGCAUGCAAAAACCCAGGCCAUUUUGUUACUCUGUUAUCAAAGUCUUGAAUAUACAAGAGCCUCCCCAGCUUGGGGGCCUCCAGAUGUGUUGGAUUGCAGCCUCACAGUGCAGAACAUCUGGAGUGCAAGCCGACCUGGAGAAGACAGGGAUGGAAGAAAUCUUUGAAAAACCUCCAGGGGUCAAAGCAGAAGGAAGAAAGCCCAUUUUCCGUCUCACAAGGUCCCCUUGCGGUAAACAAGGGGUCAUUCCACACCUCUCUUGCCACAGAAACGGGCUGUGAAAAAUUUGCGCCGAGGGGGACACCCCACGUCCACUCCGAGGCGGGUGCCUAUUUUUCACUCUGCCACGAACCCCACUGUGUGGUUGUGGUUAAGUCUGCAAAGCUGCAAACACUUACUUACUCAGGAGUAGGCCUCGCCAACCUUAGGGCACUGCUGAGUAAACCUGCACAGGAUCCACGUGGCUUCUCUCUCGACUGCGAUGCCUCCCUCGCGGGUGAACCGUUUUGCCACAUCGUUCAAUUUAACUUGGGGGCAUCUGUGCCCAUAGGCUAAACUUCACUGGGGAGGGGGACGCUAUUCUGUGAGAAAAACUGUACAAAGUAUUAACUGUUUUCAA